UAAAGGAUAAAAGCAUAGUCUUUGGACAGAUUACGAGGAAGUGGUCGGCGGGAAACGUGUCGAAAAUGAAAGUCGUUUCGGCGAGAAACUAUUUCCGUCAUGGAUGUCGUGCCACCCCCGCCGUAGUCUCGCGGCAUAAGGGCUCUCAUAAAUAUCAUCCGAUGGCUUUGGUCGCGGUUGUCGACGAUGCGUGUCGUCUUCGUGAUCUUCCGGGCGAAACUGCGAUCGGAGUGUCAAAAAGCGGAGAGGAAAAGGGCGGGAUAGAUGUUCGGGACGCGUUCGAGACGUUGGGCCAAUCGGAAUUACGAGAGAACGGCGGAUUUGGCUCGAAAUUCUGGCAGAGAACUGAUUUUCUCGAAGAUGAUCUUGGGCCACAGAAAAUACAGAGGACAGCUCUUCGAGCCAGCUGUAUAUUCUAGGUAUAACUGUGAACGUCUACGAAGGUUGCAACAC